ACGUUGGAAGGUCCUUCUUGGUUGAGUAAGUAGCCACGUUGCGCGCUUAUCCACCGUUAUAUGUUUCACUUAACUAAACGGUGUCGUUUUAGAAACAAAAACAGAGACCUAAUUAAAAAGAAGCCACCGAGAUCUCUCUCUCUUCGUCGCCCGACGAGUUUUCGAAGAAUCUCCGUCAGAUUGGAAGGGAGAGAUGCCACACAGAACAAGGCCUUUGACGGGACUCUUGCUUUUCACUGGAAUCAACGCUGUUUUGGUGCAGACCAUCACUCCUGUCUAUGACUUCGUCUGCUUCUUGCCUUACUGGGAGAGAAGGAGAGAGCGAAUCCGGAAGGAGCGUGAAGCGGUGGCCGGAUCAUUAAACAGAACAUCCUCAGCACAGGAUACUACUCAAGCAUCUGUUGGUUGAUUCAACUCAAUAUCUAAAAGACAGUCGCAAUGUUUCCUCUUGUGUAAGAAACUGUUUACACUCUUAAACACUGAAUAAUUGAGAGCCUGCAGAGCUACCAACCCGUUUUCAUAAUGGCACAUUAUAAAGGCCCAAAUUGGGUAUGUUGUCUUUAA